GACCUGCCGGGGCACUGCCGGCACCGCCCGGGAUAUCCCGGGACAGACCGGGACAGCGCCGGGACAGCGCCAUGGGGCCGCAGGGCCGCCGCCACGCCUGGCUGCUGCCGGUGCCGCUGCUGCUGCCGCUGCUGCUGCCGCCGCCCGUGCGCGCCGCCGCCGCCCGGCCCAACUUCGUGCUGGUGCUGGCGGACGAUCUGGGCUUCGGGGACCUGGGCAGCUACGGGCACCCCUCGUCCGCCACGCCGCACCUGGACCGGCUGGCGGCCCGCGGGCUGCGCUUCACCGACUUCUACAGCAGCGCCGCCGUCUGCAGCCCGUGUCCGUGUCCGCGCAGGGCCGCGCUGCUGACGGGCCGCCUGCCCGUGCGCUCCGGGGUCUUCCCGGGCGUGUUCGCCCCCGACUCGCGGGGCGGGCUGCCGCUGGCCGAGCUCACCGUGGCCGAGCUGCUCCGGGAGCGCGGCUACGCCACGGCCAUGGUGGGCAAGUGGCACCUGGGCGUGGGCAAGGACGGCGCCUUCCUGCCCACCCGCCAGGGCUUCGACCACUUCCUGGGGAUUCCCUACUCGCACGACCAGGGUCCCUGCCAGAACCUGACGUGCUUCCCGCCCGACACCAAGUGCUUCGGGACGUGUGACCAGGGCGUGGUGGCGGUGCCGCUGCUCUGGAACCAGAGCAUCGUGCAGCAGCCCGUGGCCUUCCCCGAGCUGGGGCCGCGCUACGGCCGCUUCUGCCGCGAGUUCAUCGCCCGCUGCGCCCGCCUGCGCCUGCCCUUCCUGCUCUACUACGCGUCCCACCACACGCACUACCCGCAGUUUGCCAGCCGGGACUUCGCGGGCCGGACGCGCCGGGGCCCCUUCGGGGACGCGCUGGCCGAGUUCGAUCACUCGGUGGGGGAGCUGCUGCGGGCGCUGCGGGAGCACGGCCUGGAGAGCUCCACGCUGCUGCUCGUCACCUCCGACAACGGCCCCUCCACGCUGCGCAUGGCGCGCGGUGGCAGCGCCGGGCACCUCCGCUGUGGCAAGGGCACCACCUACGAGGGCGGCAUGAGGGAGCCGGCCCUGGCGUACUGGCCGGGCACGAUCGCGCCAGGCGUGACGCACGAGCUGGCCAGCACGCUGGACGUCCUGCCCACGCUGGCCGCCCUGGCGGGCGCCGCGCUGCCCGCGCUGCCCCUGGACGGCUUCGACCUGAGCCCGCUGCUGCUCGGCACCGGCGCGAGCCCCCGCCGGGCCGUGUUCUUCUUCCCGCCCGCCCCCGACCCGCAGCGCGGCCCGUUCGCCGUCCGCCUGGGCCGCUACAAGGCGCACUACUUCACCCAAGGUUCCUUCCACAGCGACACGACCCCGGACCGGGCGUGCCACGGGCUGACCCCGCUCACCCCGCACCUGCCCCCGCUGCUCUUCGACCUGGAGGCGGACCCCGCGGAGAACUACGACCUGCUGCAGGGCCAGCCGGGCCCCGAGGCGCUGCAGGCGCUCAAGGACAUCGCCGAGCAGAAGGAGCUGCUGCUGCAGCGCCUGCAUUUCGGGGAGAGCCAGAUCGGCAAGGGCCGCGACCCCUCGCUGCAGCCCUGCUGCAACCCCAGCUGCAGCCCCAAACCUUCCUGCUGCCGCUGCUCCCCGCAGUGACACCCCAAAGGUUCCUGGCCCCAAAAACCCAGCUCGGCCUCGGGGCUGCCCCACGGCUCGGGGACGCCUCGGACUCACGGGGAGCUGGGGUGGAAUGGGGUCAGGGAGACCCCAAAUGAGCAUCCCGUGCU